UAAUAGGCCAUUCGCUGAGAUUUGUCUCCUGUAAGUUUAAUGUAGCAAUGAAAAAGUAGCCAUUAGCACCGCAUAACAGGGUGAGAAUGGGUGGGGAGAGGUUCGGUAAAGGAAAUCUUCAACGAGCUCUGGCCAUGAAAGAAGACUACGAGGUUGAAGAGAAAAAACAAGCUGCUGCAGAUGUGUUAUUUCAACAUUCAAAAUUUGUGAUGGCAUGUAUUGGCAAUCAAGUUCGACCUUGUGACUUGAGGUUGCAUUUAAUGAAGGAGAUUUCAGGACUGCCAACUUCUCUGAAGAGGGAAUUGCCCCAGACAGCAGCUUCUCCUGAUGCAAUGGGUGAAUCAUCAAGCUCGGGCAUGGCCAGACUUGAUAAAGCAGACAGUUUUCGAGCGCUGUAAUUUGAGUUAAGUUAUGGAGAACUUGAAAUUCAGAGUCAUUGGCAUAUUGCUGAGGCUUGUAAAUCCUUGUUUUCUUUCUACCAUUAACCUUUUUUAUUUCUAAUUCCUCAUGCUGUCUUGGGAAGAUAUUGUUUAUGUGACGCGCCAAAAAUUUGCUUACACUUUGAGGUAAUGCAGGGAUGUCUAAACAGUUGCAUCUUAUUUUUAGUUUCGUAUGAGAAGUUUCUUUUUCUUUGUCC